AUGACUGAAGAUGUCACUGCUACAAAAGGAAAUGAAUUUGAGGAUUAUUUCUUGUAACGUGAACUACUUAUGGGAAUAUAUGAGAAGGGAUUCGAACGUCCUUCUCCAAUCCAGGAGGAAAGUAUACCAAUUGCUUUAACAGGAAGUGAUAUUCUUGCAAGAGCUGAAAAUGGAACUAGUAAAACAGCUGCAUUUUGCAUCCCUGUGCUGGAAAAAAUUGACCAAGACAACAAUGUAACUCAAGCUGUUACACUUGUUCCUACUAGAGAGUUAGCCCUUCAAACAUCACAAGUAUGUAAAGAACUUGGCAAGCAUUUAAAGGUCCAGGUCAUGGUAACGACAGGAGGGACUAGUUUGAAGGAUGAUAUAAUGCGUUUGUACCAACCAGUACAUUUGCUAGUCGAAACACCAGGAAGAAUACUAGAUCUUGCAAGGGGUAUAUGUGUUCUGAAGGACUGCUCCAUGCUUGUUAUGGACGAGGCUGACAAACUUUUGUCCCCUGAAUUCCAACCUUCUUUGGAGCAGUCGAUUAGUUUUCUUCCUGGAAACAGGCAGAUAUUGAUGUUUUCAGCUACUUCUCCUGUAACUGUCAAAGAUUUCAAAGAUAGAUAUUUGCAAAAGCCUUACGUCAUCAACCUUAUGGAUGAACUUACUCUCGAAGGUAUUACCCAGUUUUAUGCUUUAGUUGAAGAAAGACAGAAGCUCCAUUGCCUGAGCACACUUUUCUCAAAGCUGCAAAUAAAGCAAUCCAAUUUUUGCAAUUCUGUGAAUCGAGUGGAAUUGUUAGCCAAGAAAAUUACAGAGCUUGGUUAUUCUUCCUUUUACAUCCAUGCGAAGAUGAUCCAGGACCAUCGAAACAGAGUAUUUCAUGAUUUCCGCAAUGGUGCCUGCAGGAAUUUUGUUUGCACAGGUAAUAAUAUCAUGUGAUCCUUCUUUUAUACGCAAGCUUGACAUUUGGUGUACUUGUUGGAUGACCUUGGGAGUUCCUCGUUUUGCAUAUCCUCUGCUCCACUGGCCAUGUGUUGGUGGUUUUGAUGAGAUUCUAUAUUAAUGAUAUACUGCUCUGUGUUAUUUGUACGUCAUGGUAUUAUUAUUAUUGUGGUGAUUUUUGCUUGUAGGCUGUAUCUGUAGGAGUGUAGGCCUUGGGUAUUCUCUUUUAUUUGGUUAUAGGACUAGGGUGAUGAUUUAUUAUUUG